AUGGAUACAGAUCGCCUCGUUCGUCUCAUGGACGGUCAGAUGGAAGACGCUUCCCAGAUUCUCGUCGCCAACGCUCUCCAUCCCGACACGAGUAUCGGCGCAACCGACCAAGGUCGCCAUCUCGAUAUGAGCACCGGCGCAACCGAUCAAGGUCGCCACCUCGACAUGGGCGCAACCGAUCAAGGUCGCCACCUCGACAUGGGUGCAAUCGAUCAAGGUCCCCAUCUCGACAUGAGCACAGGCGCUAUCGAUCAAGAUCAUCCCGCCGAUAUGAAAAUCAACGUCGACGAGCAAUACCAUCUAGAGGCCAUGAGGAAUCAGCCUUUUCAAGGUCAGAGAGACGAGAGCGAAACUCUCCCCCUCCUACGGCGACGAGUACCAUACUCCCCGGAGGUCGGCCAAACCACAAGCGAUGGCACCUACAACCCUUGUCCCAUCGACAACAGUCUUGGCGGUGGGCCACAAUCAAACAUCUACACGACGUCAAGAGACGAGGCCACUGGCCAGGCCUUAUACCACAUGGUAAAGGACGACCCGAAGCUUAGAGAUGUGAGCAUCAUCGUCAUGGAAGGGGCUCUGCAGAGAGACUCGAGAAGCGAAGAGUUCAGUAACGGGUUCAGAGUGCACAUAAGGCCUGUCUAUGCUCGUAUAAGCAGACGUGACCCAUGGAAGUUGCUCUGGGAUCGAGAAGGACGUGCCAGAUCUGGUCCGAACUCGUAUGAAAUAAUCGAGGACGACAGCCCAGGCGAGCCAGACCCUUCAAUGGGAAGGGAUGAGCUGGCUCAUCGUAUGAACGUGGAACCACAGCCAGGAGAUCUGGACCCUGACAUAUUGAUGGCUAGACCUACGCCUGCUGGCCUGAGCUCCGCUACAGAAGCGCAAAGCAAUGCCACGGCACCGGCUACGAUCACGUCGUCCAACAAUCAAGGUGGGAGUAAAGUGGCAGCAGAUACGGAGUCGACCAAUCUACAUAUGCCCGAAGGCAGUAAUUGA